UCGACCCAAUCAGCCAUCCCCGGCGAUUCGUCGGCGAUGGUGCGGUCAUCCAAGACGGUUGCGAGGGUUACGGUCACCACAUGUGAUGAAGGAUCAGGCUGUUCCAAAUCGGCGCCCAAGAAACGAUGGAGCGAGCGCCUGCGAGGGAGGGUCAUCUUCUCGCUCCUACCCGUGCAUACGAGGGCCAAGAGGCGCGCUGCCGCCGCUAUCUCCUCCAAGGCUAAGAAGACCUAUCGCACGGCGAAACAUGCCUCCCGGAAGGGAAAACUUCAGAAAGAUGACGAAGUGAAUACCCACAAGGGAUACCUUAGUCAGCAGUAUCCAGUUUCUGGCAACCUUUCUCCAGGGUAUCAAGAUUCUGGCUGCAUUUCUCCAGAGUAUCAGCCAGAUAUUGAUUGGGAGAUACCGUCCCCACAAAUCUCACCAUCCACUGAGCAGCAACGGAUAGACAAUGCACGUAGAGAAUACAUGAUCAAGGCCAGCCAGGCAUUAGAGUAUUACCAUGAGAAACAUCCUGUUGACCAUUACAGGCCCGUGGAUGUCAAUCUCAAACAGUUCAUGAACAUUAUCGACGAAGCAGGCUACUAUAUCCAUAUGAACUUCAAAGCAGAAAACAUGGAAACCAAGGCUGAGGAGAUCUUCUUUGCAGAGCUGUUACUUCCUUACGAUCCUCUUAUUGAUUGUGACAUUGUAACUGCAUGUCAUAUCAUUGGGCCUGAAGCUCUUGGUUACUAG